AUCAACCGCCUGUAUCAGCUACCUCGGUUGCGAGAGCCUGUGUGGCUGACAAUGGCCACGCAUCCUGAGUGCCGCUCUCAGUUAGGCCCAGCCUUUCUGAAUGAACUGUGCACGUUAUAUGGACAACACAGGCGACAGGCCAAUACACGCAAUUCGUUUGCCAGCGCUGCAAUUACAGCACUCUUGGCCCACCACCUGGCAUGGGUACCUACAUUAGUACCAACGGAUACACAUGACACGCAGAUGGACCAUCUCAACAAGGCCACCCUGGCUGCGG